CGACCAGGGAGCGGCGCGGUCUCUGCCCUGAGCCUGGGGCGCGCGGCUGAGAGCUUGGCUGGAGCCGGAACCAGCGCUGUGCGUGUUGUGCGAACUCGGGAUGACCACGUGGAGUGUCCCGCGGAGGCCCUCCCGCGUGUUCGGACUUCUGAUGCUGGUGGUCUUGAGUCUCCUGGUGCUCCGCAGGUAUUUGCACCUCAAGCCGAGAAGCUGUGACCAUGAGGUGGCUCAGAGGCUGGACUGGCACCAUCUGCUCUCUCCCUGGCGGAGACGCCGGCAAUCCGGGCUGCACACCCAGGGCCAGAACUUCAUGCUGGAGGACUCCACCUUCUGGAUCUUUGGGGGCUCUGUGCACUAUUUUCGGGUGCCCAAGGCUUACUGGAGGGACCGCCUGAUGAAGAUGAAAGCCUGUGGCCUGAACACCCUCACCACCUAUGUCCCAUGGAACCUCCACGAGCCACAACGGGGCACAUUUGACUUCUCCGGGAACCUGGACCUGGAGGCCUUUGUCCUGAUGGCUGCUGAGAUUGGGCUGUGGGUGAUUCUGCGUCCAGGCCCCUACAUCUGCAGUGAGAUAGACCUCGGCGGCUUGCCCAGCUGGUUACUGCAAGAUUCUGGCAUGAGGCUGAGGACAACUUACAAGGGCUUCACCGAAGCAGUGGACCUUUAUUUUGACCACCUGAUGUCCAGGGUGGUGCCCCUCCAGUACAAGCACGGAGGACCCAUCAUCGCUGUACAGGUGGAGAACGAAUACGGCUCCUACAACAAAGACCCCGCCUACAUGCCUUAUGUCAAGAAAGCCUUGGAGGACCGUGGGAUCGUGGAGCUGCUCUUGACCUCAGACAACAAGGAUGGCCUGAGCAAGGGGGUCAUCCACGGAGUGCUGGCCACCAUCAACCUGCAGUCAAAGCACGAGCUGCAGUCACUGAGCGCCUUUCUCUCAAGUGUCCAGGGGGUUCAGCCCAAGAUGGUGAUGGAGUACUGGACAGGGUGGUUUGACUCCUGGGGAGGCCCGCACAACAUCCUGGAUUCUUCUGAUGUUUUGAAAACAGUGUCUGCCAUUAUUGAUGCCGGCUCUUCCAUCAACCUCUACAUGUUCCACGGAGGCACCAACUUUGGCUUCAUAAAUGGCGCCAUGCACUUUCAUGAAUACAAGUCCGACGUCACCAGCUACGACUAUGACGCAGUGCUGACUGAAGCCGGGGACUACACGGCCAAGUACACCAAGCUCCGAGAACUGUUUGGCUCCAUCUCAGGUGGCCCUCUUCCUGCCCCACCUGAGCUUCUUCCCAAGACUGCGUAUGAGCCACUGAUGCCAGCUCUCUACCUGUCGCUGUGGGACGCCCUGCAGUUCCUGGGGGAGCCAACCAGGUCUGAGAAGCCCAUCAACAUGGAGAACCUGCCAAUAAACAACGGAAGUGGCCAGUCCUUCGGGUAUACUCUGUAUGAGACAACCAUCGACUCCUCUGGUGUCCUCAGUGGUCUUGUGCGUGACCGGGGACAGGUAUUCGUGAACACAGUGUCUGUUGGAUUCCUGGACUACGAAAGGAAGAAGAUCGCCAUCCCCUUGACCCAGGGCUACACCGUGCUGAGGAUCUUGGUGGAGAAUCGAGGGCGAGUCAACUACGGGGAUGCCAUUGAUGACCAGCGCAAAGGUUUAAUUGGGAAUAUCUAUCUGAAUAAUUCUCCCCUGAGAAACUUUAGAAUCUACAGCCUGGACAUGAAAAAGAGCUUCUUUCAAAGGCUCGGCUCCAGCGCAUGGAGCCCUCUCCCGGAAGCACCUGUGUUCCCUGCCUUCUUCUUGGGAGCCUUGUCUGUUGGCCUUUCCCCUUCGGACACCUUCAUGAAACUGGAGGGCUGGGAGAAGGGGGUGGUGUUCGUCAACGGCCAAAACCUUGGACGCUACUGGAACAUCGGACCCCAGGAGACACUGUACCUCCCAGGUGCCUGGUUGGACCAAGGCAUCAACCAGGUCCUUGUGUUCGAGGAGAGGAUGGCAGGCCCUGUGAUCCAGUUCACGGACACACCCCACCUGGGCAGGAAUCAGUACCUCAACUGAGCGGUGCUGCCAGGGCCUUGCGGUGGCGGGUGUGGAGCGGGCCCUUCCUCGCUGAGGCCUGGAGGCCUGGGGUGCUGCCCCUCACGCUCCACCCAGCAGAGCUCCCCUGUCUCUCGACCUCAGGGCUCCACCUCUGCCCAAGCUCCAGUGCAAAGCCCUAUUUCUGACCGGACAGAGCGGGGGGUGGCAGGGGAGGACCCCCUUCUUCCCCGCACAGGGUCUUGACUGGACUCUGUGGAGGGCAUCUUUCUUACUCCCUGCUCUUCUGAGAGAGGACAGAGGGAUGACCGACUGUCCUGCCAGAUCUUCAUGUGGCCACCCCUGGGCCACAGAAGUCCGGACGGGCCAGGCGGGUGCCGCACGCGGGUGUGCUGCACGCAAGUGUGCCCCCGUGAAUGUUCUCACCUGGCCUGGCUUCAACUCUCAGGGCCCCUUUCUUUCCUCAGUAGUGGCUUUGUCACCAUCUGUAGAGGACAGUGAAGGGGGCGUCUCCCCUGAGCCACUGCUGUUUCCUCCCAGCCCUCCCCGAGUCUUCUCUGGGAUUCUGGAAGAAACGCC